UCCUAAUUCCAAAUAGCACAAAAUGUUUUAUCGGAAUAGAAACUGCAACCCAACCGUGUCGAUCACCGUGGCCAGUAUUCUGCUGCUCGGUAGUGUAGUGCUCAUCUCUCUGCUUGCUACACCAACCACCGCGCAACCGAUCGAUAUGUUGGAUCAAAUCGGUUCGGAAAGUAGACGAAUGUUCUACAAAAUGCUCGAAUAUCUCGGCGACUACGACGAGCUGGAGGAUGACGGUGCGCAGGAGCGCGAAGAAAAGGGUGGCUCGUUACCGCUGCAGACGAGCAAUCGGGUCGAGGUGGCCGGACGCGAUGAACAGUGCAAGUUGCCACCGAGACGUGGUGUGUGCCGUGCACUGCUGCCCCGCUACAGAUACGACCCGUCCCAGAAGGAAUGCAUCGAGUUCAAGUUUGGUGGAUGUGACGGAAAUGCGAACAACUUCAUGUCCUACAAGCAGUGUAUGGAAGCAUGCAAAGGUGUCUGAACGAUCAAGCAAUCGAUCGGCGUCAAUUUUAGAACCUCCACCCCCCCCACCAAGUGAUAUGUAGUGUGUUAAGAACCAGCUGACCCGGGGCGAAAUGGAA